AUGGCCAAACUUCUUUCCAAGAGACAAAAUAAGAAGCUAAGGAAGUUAGAUAUCCAUGAUGAUUCAAUGGAUGAGGAAGUUGUUCCCGAGUCUCCAAUUCAAGAUGAUCAGAUGGGCCAUUCUUCACCUGUGAGGGAUUCUCCACUCAAGUUGAAUCUCAAGGCGACUGGAAAUCCUGAUGGCAAUGUGGCAAGUUCUAAAGUAGACACACGCAUCAAUCCAGGUGAACAAACAAAGGCGUCUACUCCGAAGCAGUCUGGCGUCAUACCACCUGAAGUGUCGACUGCCGAAUCAAUUCAUGAGGAGGUUCGCACUUCAGGAAUCACUGCGAACAUAUCUAAUAUGGAUGUAAAUGUCAUUAUGGGUGAGGAAGUAUCGAAUACAUCCACCCAAGGUAAUCCUCAUCUUGUUGUCUCCUCUACCUUCGUAACAUCUCUUGUUGAUACUAUAGUUUCUUUACCUCCAUUUCUUAUUCCUACUUCAACCAAAUCACAUCCAUCAACUCAUUCACCUACUUUUGAUAAUAUCAUGCAACAACCCAUUACUUCCUUAUUCCUAUCCCAAUCCACAGAAGGUCCCAAAACAGUUAAUGAUGAUGAAACUGAUGAUGGUGGGUUUGUGGGUUCUUUUGCUGAUAUAGAGUUUGAUCCUAAUGAGGAGGACAUUCCCGAUCACAUGUUGAUGUCUGGAAAGAAAUUUAAGAUUCUUAAUCAGAAGCUUAAUUCAUUGAUACAAUUACAAGCAGAUGCUGGGGGUAAACAUUAA